CUGGCAGUACAUUGCAGAACCGUUAACGGCUUCUUCCGGGGAUUCGGAUAUCCAGGCAUAAAUGAAUUAGCGCUUGUCAACGAUAAUCAUAUAUGUUGCUCCAAAACUAUUCAGGCACCACCAACAGUUCGUUAUAUUCCAAAUUUUAUCACUGGAGAGGAGGAAGAAUCUUUGCUCACCCAAAUAUAUGGAGCCCCAAAGCCGAAAUGGCAGAAUCUUCUGAACAGACGAUUGCAAAACUGGGGUGGUAUAGUGGGCAAAAAAGCACUGGUUCCGGAUGGCAACAUCCCUCAGUGGCUCACAUAUGUUAUCGACAAGUUAAUGUCGCUGGGCGACUCGUUUCCACCGGAAAAUAGACCGAAUCAUGUGCUGGUCAACGAGUACAUUCCUGGACAAGGCAUCAUGGCACACACGGAUGGGCCUGCUUUCUAUCCAAUGGUAGCAACGAUAUCGCUAGGGGGUGACAUACUUCUUGAUUAUUAUAAACCACUGGACCCAAAGAAGAAAAAAACCGUAGAGGAACGAUACAUGGGGUCAAUGCUUCUGCAGCGACGCAGUUUGAUUCUGUUUAGCGAUGAAGCCUAUACAAAGUGUCUGCAUGAAAUUGCGGAUCGACGCAUCGGCGAAGUUGUGAAUCGAUCUCUCAGAGUGUCGCUGACGAUUCGCAAUGUCCGCAAAGUGUGUAAAAUGAGUACUGCCGACCUGAUCGCGAAACGUUAA